AUGUCUGACAGGCCACCGUACAUUGUUCCUCCUACUAAACCCUCAUCCUCGCCCGACCGUGCGGCGACGCUAAUAUUCCUACACGGCUACGGCGACGACGCCGAUGGCCUCCCUCUUGGGAUUGCGCAGCAGUUCCAGUUCUACAACAAGUUGGAAUACCUGAAAUGGGUCCUUCCCUAUGCCCCUCACAAUCACGAAGCAAUGUCACGGGCCUGGUACGUUCCCAAGGCCCUGCCAAAUGCCAUGAAGCCACGCGUACCGGGCCACGAGGAGGACGAAACUGCGCCUGACGACGAAGUAGCCAUCAUGAAAAGCGUGGACAUCAUUGACAAGUUGGUGGAGGAAGAGAUCAAGAAUGGCACCCCAGCAAAGCGCAUCCUCGUCGGUGGGUUCAGCCAGGGGUGUGCCGUCAGUCUAGUUUGGGGUUUGACGAGCCGGUUCAAAAACGAGGUUGGAGGAAUGGUGUGUCUGAGCGGUUACAUGCCUCUGAGAGACCGAAUUGCGCAGUUGCGUAGGGAGAGACGGCCCGAAGGAUGCCCAGAAGAAGCCGAGUUGCCAGAGAAGGGCGGCAAGAAAUGGUUCUACGUCCAUGGAACAAUGGACAUGUUGAUUCCGACCAAAAUGUUCGCGCAGGGCAUGGAAGAGUUGGCCAAAUGGGUGGACAAAGAGGACAUCGAGGUGCAUCUCUACCCGGGUAUGGGUCACUCGACUGCAACGGCCGAGCUGCGGGAUCUGCUGGGCUUUCUUGACCGGGUGGUACCUCCAUAG